AUGUCUGCUAAGACUAUUAUUGUCACCGGUGCCUCGAGAGGCAUCGGUCUCGCAAUCGCAAAGUACCUCCUCACCUCCCCUCAAUCACACAAUGUUGUCGUGAUCGCUCGCAGUGUCGAACCUCUCCAGAAGCUCAAGGAGCAAUAUACAAAGCAGGUCGAAGUGCUUAAUGGCGAUCUUGCCGAUUUGUCCAUUGGCCAGAAGGCCGUCAACCUAGCUCUCAAGUCCUUUGGCCGUCUAGAUGGAAUGGUUCUGAACCAUGGUGUGCUGGGACAAGUAGGCAAGAUCGCCCAAGCCAAUCCCGAGCAGUGGAAGCAUGGAUUCGACGUGAACUUUAUCAGCUUUGUUGCUUUUAUCAAAGCUGGUCUCCCGGCGCUUCGUGAGACGAAGGGCAAGCUCAUCUUCACCUCUUCUGGUGCUUCCGUGUCGGCAUACCGAGGUUGGGGUCUGUACGGCGCGACUAAGGCGGCAAUGAACCAUCUUGCGCUUAGUCUGGGCGAGGAAGAGCCCGAGGUCACAACAGUCUCGGUGCGACCAGGAAUGGUUGACACCGAGAUGCAGCGCGAAUUGAGAGAGGACCAUGCUACGACGCUAGAGCCACAGGUCCAUUCCAAGUUCACUGCGGUCCACAAGGAGGGAAAACUGCUCAAGCCUGAACAGCCUGGUCACGUUAUGGCCAAGCUGGUGCUUGAUGCUCCUAAGGAAUUAUCGGGCAAGUUUCUAUCGUGGAAUGACAAAGCUCUCGAUGCCUUCCAGGCGUGA